AUGGAUUUGCUGAUGGAUCGGAUGUGGGUGUGGAACAGAGAAAAGCGGAAGGCUCUGGGGUCAGCGUGGUUUUGGGGGCUGGGGGAAGUCGGAAGUAAGGUUUUGGGGUGCAAGUUCAGAGAUGGAGGAACAGUUGGGCAGAGGCGUGGACACAGGCGUGUGGAGCAGGGGCCAGGGCUGGAGGUGGGCAUUGAGUUUUGUGCUGGGGGCAGCCCGGGAGCUUUACUGGGCCUGUGUCCGCGGCGCAGCCCCGCUCCGCCCUGCGGUGCCCACCAGGAGGCUUUGCCGGGGCGGCCAGGACCCCUGAGGGCACGAACACCGCAGACUCGCGGCGCUGGCCCUGCCCAGUCCUGCCAGCCCUGCCCUGGCACGGCCCCUUCUUCCGGGGCAGCUUCCGGGCCGACCACCCACCCAGAGGCAGAGCCCCCCGCCUGGAGGCCCCGGGCCGAGGCUCUUCCUGGACGCAGCGCACAGCGUGGCGGUGCCGCCCACCCAGCCCUACAGCCCCACCGCGCCCCCUGCCUCGGGCGGGUGCAGCCUCCAGGUCCUGCCCGUUUCUCGGGGUCUCUCCCAGGGCUCCGGGUCCGCCUCACUGAGAGCCCAAGACGGGGGCCGCCACCGCCUCAGCGACCCCCACCCCUCCCCGCCCCGGGGACCCCGCCCCGCGCGGCGCCCGCAUCCACACGUCCCGGGCCCGGCGCCCCCGGGCAGCCUCCUGGCUGUGUCCGUGCUCCUUUGGGGUCCCAUCCACGCGGUCCCCUCCCCCCCACGCCGGGCUGGCAGGGAGGAGCCCACGCGCAACGCGGCCCCCGGACGCCCCCACUCCUCAGCACCGCCCAGGGAGCACCCGCGGCCGCCUGGUUGUGAAACCCACAGCCUUCUCCGCCCUGCGCUGUGGGCUGGGUUUCCAGUCUACAAAAUCAACUGGACCACCAAUGGCAAUUGACAGCUGCACAACCUGCAAUUACCUUUAUCCAAUUAAUGCACAAACAAAAAGGAGGAGAUGUUACACGCCAAAAAGAAUGAGGGUUGUGACCAACUCAGUAUACCACUGGAGGCUAUGUGAGCAAACAGAAAACUGUUCUCAUGAAAGCAGGAUGUUGGAAAACUGACAAACUGCAUCUGCUGCCAGAAGGAUUGCUGAGGGCAGUCGUGCCCCCAGCCCAGUGUUCCUUGUGAUUGUCUAUAGGAACGUCUGAAGCCUGUUGUGCCAAGAAAGCAAUUAUGUGCAUCUGUGAUAAAUCAAGUAGCUGACCAACCGUUACCUCUCCCUCCCUGUUCUUUCUGGCUAAUAAGUAUGGAGGGUUAUAGAAGCUCAAGGCUGUCCUUGCUCACUAGAAGCAAGGAGCCUCGUGACCCCUUCUUCAAACAUGCUCUUUUCUCUUUGUCUUUAUUCCUGCAUUCAUCCCCCUGUGUUCAGUCCAACAGGGUCUGCGCCAAAGAAAAGAAACACACAAAUUUGUUCAUUAUUCCCAAGUUUUGAAGGGUCUGUUGGAAAGCCCUGUGUAAUCUGUUACAUAGCAAGUGGCACUAAAUAACCUCAAAUGUUUUUAUCGUGAUGAAGGUGACAUGAAGUGGCCCUAAUGAUUUUUUUUUUUUGGAGACGGAGCCUCGCUCUGUCGCCCAGACUGGAGUACAGUGGUGCGAUCUCCACUCACUGCAAGCUCCGCCUCCC